UUGUCGCAACACACUGAAAGGGAGCGACUGCUGAGUGAGUUUUUUUUCCCCCAAACCAGCCUCGGUUCAGUCCUCAGGUCAGGACCUUCUGUGCUCACACACACACACACCACACACACACUGGGGGCAUAUUGAGAUAGCGAGAAGCCGCGCUGAGGAUUCCAGCAGGUGUGCGGAUCAAACCAGACAUUUUAGUUGUUUGUGAAAGUGGACUGGAGAGUGGGACGAACACCAGCACCGUUUCCCACGGACUAAUCUCUGUAAGAGGGCGGGGGUUGGGUGUGUUUUUUUAAGGGGUACCACUCAUUCUCUCACACACCUCCUCAGCAGCAUCCUGAGCAGGUCUUCUAGUCAUUUCCACUGUGAACGAGCAACAGGUUGAGCAGCAGCAACAGCAGCAGCAGCAGUGUGAAGGCGAGUGAAGCCUACCAUGCCGAGCAAAAGCCAGUAUCUGCGCCCCCGGCUGUGUACGCUGGAGAAGGGGGACAACGGCUACGGCUUCCACCUCCACGGGGAGAAAGGUAAGACAGGGCAGUUUAUCCGGUUGGUAGAGCCCGACAGCCCGGCGGAAACCUCGGGGCUCCGCGCCGGAGACCGACUGGUGUUCGUGAACGGGGAGGACGUGGAGAACGAGAGUCACCAGCAGGUCGUGUCCCGAAUACGGGCCACCGUGGGCCGACUGGAGCUCAUAGUGGUGGACCCGGACACGGAGCAGCUGCUGAAGAAACACAACAUGAAGUGUCUGAAGGAGUACGUCGCCGACGGUGUCCCGUUACCCUUCGACGAAGAAGAGGAGGAGGAGGAGGAGGAGAGGGGGGAGAAAGAGAAGGAGAGGGAAGAGGUGGUGGUGGUGGUGGAGGAGGUUAGGGAGGUAGACGGGACGGAAAACGGGAAGCGGGACGAGGUGGACGGGGAGGAGGUGGAGGUGGAGGUGGUGGCCGGGGAGGAGCAGGAGCUGACGCCCAGGGAGUCCACGCCGGCCCCGCAGAGCAACGGAGAGAUCCACGAGCACGUCGAGAAUAAGCUGAACAUCAACUCUGAGAAGGAGGUGUGCACCGGACUGCGGCCACGUCUGUGCGUGAUCCAGCGAGGGUCCAACGGAUAUGGCUUCAACCUGCACAGCGAGCGGGCGCGGCCGGGCCAGUACAUCAGAGCUGUGGAUGAAGACUCUCCAGCAGAGAGGGCAGGCCUGCUGGCCAAGGACAGGAUAUUACAGGUGAACGGUGUGUCAGUGGAGGGGAAGACGCAUUCAGAAGUAGUGGCGGCCAUUAAAGCUGGCGGGAGCGAGACCCGGCUGCUGGUGGUGGACCCCGACACAGACGCCUUUUUCAAGAGGUGCCGAGUGGCCCCCACCUCGGACCACCUGACUGGUCCGCUGCCAGAACCUGUCAUUAAUGGAGGAAUGGAGGAGAAGGUGAAUGGUAGAGGGGCCAAAGAGGCAGAGAGGGACUCGAAGCUGUCGGUGAGUCCCUCUCCAUCCAACGCCUCAUCCAACACAUCGCUCACAACCCCGCCAACAAACACCCCGCCUGAGGGUUUGAUCGCAGAUGCCAUCCCAGCUCUCAACCUAACCCUCCAGCAGGUCAAAGAGCUCGCCCACCAGAAACGCUCCAACAAGAGAGCCCCGCCCAUGGACUGGACCAAGAAAAAUGAGCUCUUCAGCAACCUAUAGGGUUCCUAAGAUCACCUGACACACACACACAUACACAUACACAGAUUUUUAGCACAGUGAUUCUUACAAAGAGACAUAAGAAAGACAUUUUUUAAAAUUAUAAUUACAUUAAAAGAGCAGUUAAACUAUUGGCAACAGACAAAAUUCAUGCCGUUCUGUAAAAUAUAGUAUUCCUCUUAUUACUCUUCAUGUUAUUCUAACUCAGAUAUUAUACAUAUAACAUGCUACUAACAAUGAAAGAUGCAUAUGCCAACGAAAGACAACUGGACCAUGCUGAAAAUUUGUAUGUUCGUGUGUAUGUAGCUAUUUAUGCCCUGUGAGUAUGUGGGCAUGGUUUCCUUUGUGUGUGUGUGGACCCUAACACUCUGAUGCCUGUGGAAAUGAGGAGGAGGAGUUGAUUUAAUGACCCACUCCUCCGUCUGCUGCCGCACCCUUUAAUAGUUUCUAUAUACUAACAUUUAAGGUGUUAACGAGUCUUCUGUUGACAAUGGGACCAGCCACAUACUGUAAAAACCAGCCUGACAAUCAGUGCAUCAUUUAUCUCUAAUUUACUCAAUUUUCAGUUUAGGGAUCAAACAUUUGACACAGGACUGAGAUAAAUGUACUUUUGGGUCAUAUAUUUCAAUGUUUUUAUUUGUGUAGUUAUUUACUCUUUCUACAGAUUACAUGUUAGAGCUCCUCUGUGAUCCACACAACACAGCAUAUUGCUUUCUAACAUGAAACUCCUUGUAGGAAUCAUUUGUGAUUUUUUUGGGGGGGGGUAUUUACUGAUGGCUUUAAACUGGAAAAAAAAUGUAUUUUAAAGUGGGUUACCUUAUAAAUGUAUGUAUAUAUCAUAUAUCAUGUAUAUUUUUACAUAAAUUUCAGUCUGAAAUGAAAGUGAUUUCAGCUUGAUCCUGUGUUGCUACAUUGCCAUUCGCCAUUCAUCCAUACCUUGUCUGAAUACAUGAGAUCAUCUUUUGAAUAAAUGUGAACUACAGCUUUUUAUGAAUAACUUAUACCGUCCUUAUUUUUCCAUCAUGUUCACUGUGAAUGGCUGUUCAGUUCACAUUUUUAGCAUGUGGAAGAUUUUUAUUGCUCCUGGAAAAUGCUUUGUGAGAGAAUUUUACACGUUUAUAUUGAUGUCUUAAAAACAAUAAUUAUGUAACUUUCAGCUCACGUAUUUCUUUCUAAAGAAUGUCUGUGCUUCACUAGAUUUUAUGCAAUAUGUCCAAUACUGAGAAAAGUGAUGAUUUUAAAGCUGAAUCGUUGAAUUAUAUGAGAUAUAAGAGUUUUUUGUAGCUUGUGUAAGCGAUUUCUAUACUGUAAUAAAACAGUCAUCACAACAUUAA